AUGAUGAGCAUACAAUUCAGGAAUAAAACAUUAACCGGACAAAACUACAAAUGCGGAAAGUGUCUACAGGCAAAGAGUGAAUCGAAGAAAUCAACAGUUAGGAAGGAUGGCGGGCCAUAUUCUUGUAUAACUACUGCAAUUUCUUCUGGCAAUAAAUCUGGUGCUAAGACAAUCCAAUGCGAAACUGAUGACCCUUUGGAAAUUAAGCAAGAAGUCAUCGAAGAUCCGUCAAAGUUUUGUACCGUAUAUAUAAAAGAAGAUGAUAUCUUGGAGGAUAAGCCCCAACCGCAGACCAUAAAGAAACAGAAAAUUCAGGAAGCGGAAGAGGAAAAAAAGCACAGGUGUGAAAAAUGUGCACGCAGCUAUAAAAGGCAAAAAUCUUUGCGUGAGCACCAAAAAUACUAUUGCGACGUCAAGCCCCAGUUCAUAUGUAAAUUCUGCGGCAAAGAAUUUAGACGGAACAGAAUUUUAAAUAGCCAUAUAGUUCGUUCCCAUCAGAAAUCAACCUCAAAAAUAUUGGAAAAGAAGCAUAAAUGCGACAAAUGUCCUCGUAGUUACACUUGGGUAAAUGCUCUAAAUGAGCAUAAACGUUCAGUACAUGCAGCAGUCAAGCCGGAAUUUAAAUGCGACUAUUGUGCUCACAUCACAAAUCGAAAAUCUAGCUUGGCAAAACACAUGAUGGAUCGCCAUCUGAAAUCAAAAAAACGUCAGCGAAAUAUUAAAGCUUAGGAUUUUUCUAAUAUUAGUUGAAAAACUCCUUUUCGAAUUACAUUUAAUGUUUGUAUCUUAAAUCAAGUUUCGAGAAAAUCACUACCUAAUACUCAUUUUUAGUUUCGUAAGUUUCGAAAAAAUACAUUUAUUCCACUUCGAUAUGGAAAUAAUCUGCUGUUCUUAAACAUAGAAUUUGUUUUUAUGCGUUGUGCUGAUUUAAAAUAAAUUAGGAAUGAAAAUGUAUGGAUUGAUUCCAAUUUUUUUCUGACUAGUUUUAGUAUUUUAAAUGAGUGUUAAAAUAAUUUUUUAACAGAUUUUGUUUCUUUUAUUUAUGUUAAGUUACCUGUAAUACUGUUCAAUGCAGAUUGUAUUGUUAAAUCACAAUAAAUUAAUUGUAAAAUGAAAUUGCAAUCAAUUAUUUGUAAAAUUACAAUAAAUGUAAAGUAAUUUCGAAAUGUAUUUUUCAUUAAAUUUAACCUAAACAUGUUAUGUAUUCUUACUAAAAUAACUAGAAUGAAAAAAUGUGAAAUACCAUUUUUGUAAUAUGCGUAUUGUAACAGAAAUCUUCUUUAAGCGACAAAUAAUAAUCUACGAAAUUGUCUCAUUUAGCAUGCGCUUCUGUGUAUUAUUCUUCUAUACGUCAUAUUUAAUUCUUGAUUUAUGUAUUAGAAAACGCUAAGAGCAGCGUUUCUUCAUUUUCAAUAAAGACAUAAUACAAGCUA